AGCUGAAUAUAUCGGCUCCUCCAUAGUAGACUUGGGAGAGCUAAUCUCAACUGUCGAAUUACCAAGCAAAUGGUGCGCAACCACAUCAUGCUCUUCCUCCUCCUCCUUGCUAUGCUACUAACUUCCGGGAGAGACCCGUUCCCGUCGGCCGUGUCCGCGUCACCGGUGGGAUCAGUGGAACCGUUCCAGAAGUGCACGGUCUGCACCGGCGGCCUGUACGAGCCCAACAGCACGUACAGGUCCAACCUGGAGGCCCUUGGUGCGGCGCUCGUCGCCGGGGCCGGCGCGAACGGCGGCUUCGCCGAGGCGAGCAUCGGCGUGGCACCCGACGCCGUCUACGGCCUGGCGCUGUGCCGAGGCGACUACGCCGGGCCCAACUGCACCGGCAGCCUCGCCGCCGCCUUCAGCGAUGCGGCCGAGCUGUACUGUUCAUCCAGAAGAGACGCGACCGUUUACUACGACAACUACACGCUCCGCUUCUCCGGCGAGGAUUUCCUCUCCACCCUCACGGAGCAGCCGAGAUGCUCCGGGUGGAGCGACUCCGGCGAGUCCGGCUGGGACGCCGCCCAGCUGCUCGCGGAGAGGGUCGAGGAGCUGAUGAAGGAGACCAUCAAGCACGCGGCGGCGACGGCUAAGCGGUACGGGACCGGCAAGGCGUGGGUCAGAGGCAGAACAGAGGCCGCGGACAUGGAGUACGUGCUGGCGCAGUGCACGCCCGACCUCACGGAGGCCGACUGCUGGAGCUGCCUCAACGACACCCGCAGCAAGCUGCAGACGUCGUCCAUGCACGACAAGGUCCCAACAAGCCAGUAUGGGGGGAGGCUCGUUGGAGUGCGGUGUAGCUUGCGGUACGAGAGGGUGCUCUUCUUCCAGGAAACGAGCAGCACGCUCGAGCUCCACAAGCCUAGAGGUAUGUACGACACUAGUAGACAGUCGUCGCCUGAAAAAAAGUUCAGUUCAGUUCAGUCAAAUCAAUUUGUACCGGUUGACCAAAAUCCGCGGUACUGCUGUUUGUCCUUCUCGUCUAGCCGCGAUUUCUUCGAGCCCCUCUGCACCUUCCUCCUGAGCCCGCGCCGGCGACGGAGCGGUCCAUGCUCGGGCUCGCCGGUCCGGUCUCACCCUGGGGGCUUCGCGUAG